UGAAAAAUGGCAGUUUAUUCAACAGUACUUGUUGACCUAAAUGGUUCUUAAUUCAUAAAUUGGUAUUCUACGCCACAUCCUUUUGCGUUCAGUCUCGUUCCAAGUAAAGGUCCGAACAUCACCAUCUAAAAAUACAACUUCUCCGUUAAAUGACUCAUAAAUGUUCAAUACGGUCCAUGUGCCGCAAAUCGUUGCUUAUCAUGACGUGAGAGAUUUUUGAACUACUUUGCACUGCUGUUUGUCGUAAAGCCACAAUUCAAAUGGCGUCCCCGGAAAACUUCACCAACACAGACGAAGACCCCUUCGGUGAUUUAAACGAUCAUGGAAUGAGGAAUUUGGCCGCCACCCCGUAUUUAAUCCUGGAUUAUCUCGUACCGAUAUUCAUGGUGAUCAAACUGUCGUUGUACAUCCUUUCCAUUGCUUCCGAUUUGUUUUUGAUCUACAUCAUUCAUUAUCGGUUCAAGAGACUGAAGACGAAAAUCAACGAGUACAUCAUGCACUAUUGUAUUACAAACGUUGCCUUCUUCGUCUUCGUCAUCCUGCAAAUUUUCAUCAAAAGAUGGGGGUACGACUUGAUGGUAUUUUGUGUUGUUUUCGAAAUGGAUGACGCUUGUUUAUUUAUGUCUUUUGUUAUGAUAAACAUGUUGGCCGUCGAUUGGUUCAUCACCUCCUUCAAACCUGAAGUGACCCCCAAGUAUGAGAAGUGGCAGGAGUAUCUGAUUUUAGGCAUCUAUUUGGCUGGGGUGGUCAAAUUCUUCAUCACCGGAUCCACCUGUUUUAUAUCGGACAUUUUGGUAAUACGAUACAACUUGCUGAACUUCCUUUUCUUCAUUAUGUUCCUAGGUAAUGCCAUUUUAUUGGUGAUGCGUUGCUUCGAAAACAUUCCCAACACACCCUUGAAAAAGGGUUACACCUUGUACGUAUCUAGUUUCAUUUUGUUUUCUUGGUUGCCGAGCUUUGUUUAUCACUAUUUAAUAAUAAUAUUCAUAGACAACGAGACUGCUUCGUUGGUUUUGUUCUAUGUGAAAAUAUUUACCGAAAUUUUAGCUUAUAGCUGUUCAUUUUCACUCGUGUUUUUGUUGAGGAGACUAAGUGUCGAUUUUCGAACUGCCAUUCACGCGUUUUUCGAAGGCACUACUUUAGACGAAGAUAGAGAUAAUUUAAAUGAUAAUUUUGUAGACGAACACAACAGAAUUUGUUGAUUUCAGUUUAUAUUUUUUUGUGAUGUAUCUGUGUUAAUAAAAUUUAAGUACAAUUU